AUGAAGAUGAUUCACAUUAUUCUUCUCAUUUUUUAUCUUCUCUCAUAUACCUCCCAUGCAACAUAUACCAAUGAUUUCUGUGUAGCCGACUUUAUGUUUCCAAAAAACCCUUCAGGCUAUCCAUGCAAGUCAGAAACAAAUGUAACCUCAGAUGAUUUUUCAUCGUCUAGUCUUGUAGCUUCAGACACAAACAACAUUUUUCAUACUGGACUCACCAGUGCAUUUGUCAAGGAUAUACCAGGUCUCAAUGGACUCGGAAUCUCUGCAGCAAGAUUAGAUUUUGAAAUAAAUGGAACGAUUCCAAUGCAUAUUCAUCCUGAUGCAUCUGAAUUAAUAAUCGUUGCUCAAGGUCAAAUUAUUGCUGGAUUUAUAACACCUACAAAACUUUAUGAGAAAAAUCUUAAAGUUGGUGAUGUUUUCGUUUUUCCAACAGGACUAUUGCAUUUUCAAGUUAAUACUGGUUCGACAAAAGCUAUUGUUUAUGCUGUUUAUGGUAGCUCAAAUCCUAGCAUUCAAUUACUUAUUGAUUUAUUAUUUAGAAAUAGCUUACCAACUCAAAUCAUUCAAAAAACUACUCUCCUUGAUCCUGCACAAAUUAAGAAGCUUAAGGCUCAGCUUGGUGGCAGUGGCUAG